AUGGCCACGAAGGAGGAGGAAUGUAGAGGGCGUUGCAGUCUUCGCAGCCGCCGGUCGCCACCGGCGCUACUAGUGGCCGCCCAUCUAGUCUUUAUCAGCCUAGUGCUGCCCCACGACACAUAUCCGGGCUACAGCAUCCAGCAGUUUACGGCCAACUUCACCGGUCCGAACGCACCGUUCUCGUCCAUCUCGUCGUAUUCGUCGAAGCCGCUCAACUACCGGCUGCUGGAGACGGACUACUCGAAGUACUUCACCGUGCUCGAGGACGGCAUGGUGAUGACGACGGCGGACCUGUCGCCGCUGGUGAAUCGCCCGGUCAAGCUGGUCGUGCUGGAGGAAACGCCCAACUCGACGGCCACUCACCAGCUGCAGCUGUACGUGAUGAACCGCAAGGAUAUGCUCCAUUUUCCGGCCCUUCCGGCCGACACGGUGGGUCAGCUGAGCGAGAACCGCGAGCCGGGGGCCCGUGUCCGCGACCUGCCGCUCCUGCAGGCGAACUCGGUGCGGGGUGCCAAGACGAUCAUCUACACCAUCACGGCCGGUAACGAGGGCCGAGAGUUUGCGCUCGAGGACAGCUCGACCGGCGAGAUCCAGGACACGGUGCGGAUCGAGGAUCCUCGCAAGCACGGUGUGUGGCUCGUGGCAGCCCAGCCGCUUGAUCGCGAGCACCGCGACACGUACAGCGUGGUGGUGGAGGCAACGGAUGCACGCCAGAUUAACCGGGCCGAGGUGCACCUUCCGGUGCGCAUCACCGACGUGAACGACAAUCGGCCAAUCUUCGCCAAGCCCGACUACCGGUUCACGGUGACGGGCGUGAAGUCGACGACUCCGGCCGGCAACGAAACCAUCACCUGGCAGCGCUUCACCAGCCUCGGCAAGGUGGAGGCCAAGGAUGCCGACGGGGACCGGGUCGCGUACAGGCUGACGGCCCCCAGCAACACGAUCGUGAUUGUGCCACAAACCGGCGAGCUUCUGCUGGCCGGUGAACCCGACAACGAAGGCGGCGGCGGCGGCCCGGAACUGUUCGUCGACGUCGAGGCGCACGAUCUGCGCACCCCGAGUCUGAAGAGCGAACGGGCGGCCCGGGUCCUGGUGGAGUUUGUAGCCCCGGAUCCACCGGUUCCGGUGAUCGUGCAGCAUUUGGGCCACGAGUACCAGCACUCGCACCGGCGUGACAAGCGGCGGGUGACGAGGGCGGUUCGGCCGACCAAGCGCAUCGAGUUCACGGAGGCCGACGGGGACAACGAGGGGCGGCAGGUGUUCCAGCUCGAGAAGGAAACGGACCGCGAAACAUUCAAGAUACGCGACGAAAACCCGUGGGUCACGGUCGAGACGAACGGGGCGGUGCGCGUGAAGAAGAAGUGGGACUACGAGGAGCUUGGGCCGGAGAAGACGAUCGACUUCUGGGUGAUCAUUACCAACCAGGGACACAACGCCGGUCUGAAGUAUACCGACAAUCAGCGUGUCAUCAUUCACGUGAAGGAUGUGAACGACGAGCCGCCGUACUUCAUUAACCGUCCGCUGCCGAUGCAGGCCGUGGUGCAGCUGAACGCACCGCCCAACACGCCCGUGUUCACGCUGCAGGCCCGCGAUCCCGAUACUGAUCACAAUAUUCAUUACUUCAUCGUACGUGAUCGGACUGGCGGGCGGUUCGAGGUGGACGAGCGCUCCGGCGUGGUGCGGACGCGCGGCACCGACCUUUUCCAGCUGGACAUGGAGUACGUGCUGUACGUGAAGGCGGAAGAUCAGAACGGCAAGGUGGACGAUCGGCGGUUCCAGAGCACGCCCGAGGAGCGGCUGUCGAUUGUCGGCGGCAAACGGGCGCCGCAGUUCUACAUGCCCAGCUACGAAGCGGAAAUUCCGGAGAACCAGAAAAAGGACUCAGACAUAAUUUCCGUGAAAGCCAAGUCGUUCGCCGACCGGGAGAUACGCUACACACUGAAGGCGCAGGGCCAGGGUGCCGGCACUUUCAACAUUGGACCCACCUCCGGCAUCGUGAAGCUGGCGAAGGAGCUAGACUUUGAGGAUCUGCGCCAACCGCACGUCUACUCGUUGGUCGUUACCGCUACGGAAGACUCGGGUGGUUUCUCGACAUCGGUUGAGCUUACCAUUCGUGUGACGGACGUGAACGAUAACGCGCCCAAGUUCGAGCUGCCCGAUUACCAGGCGCACAACGUGGACGAAGACAUAGCGCUGGGAACGAGCAUCCUGAAGGUGAAGGCGAUGGACGCUGAUUCGGGCGCGAACGCAGAAAUCGAGUACCUCGUGUCGGACGAUCACUUUGCCGUCGAUUCGAACGGGAUUAUCGUGAACAACAAGCAGUUGGACGCGGAUAACAACAACGCGUACUACGAGUUUGUGGUCACGGCCAAGGAUAAGGGCGAACCGGCCAAGACCGGCACGGCGACGGUGCGCAUCUACACGAAGAACAAGAACGACGAGGAACCCAAGUUCAGCCAGCAGGUGUACACGCCGAACGUGGACGAGAACGCCGGUCCGA